AUGAGGCGACCAGUCGGCGGCGGCAGCGGCGGGCUCCGGGAGGCGGCGGCGAGCACCGUGGUGCGCGACCAGGCGUCGGCGGCAGCAGCAACAGCAGCGGGCACCAGGGACGGCUACACGACGACCAGGCGGCGGCAGGGAGCACCGGGAGGCGGCAGCGGCAGCAGCAGCAGCAGCGAAUGCCGGCAUGAGGCGACCAGUCGGCGGCGGCAGCGGCGGGCUCCGGGAGGCGGCGGCGAGCACCGUGGUGCGCGACCAGGCGUCGGCGGCAGCAGCAGCAACAGCAGCGGGCACCAGGAGACGGCUACACGAGGACCAGGCGGCGGCAGGGAGCACCGGGAGGCGGCAGCGGCAGCAGCAGCAGCAGCGAAUGCCGGCAUGAGGCGACCAGUCGGCGGCGGCAGCGGCGGGCUCCGGGAGGCGGCGGCGAGCACCGUGGUGCGCGACCAGGCGUCGGCGGCAGCAGCAACAGCAGCGGGCACCAGGAGACGGCUACACGACGACCAGGCGGCGGCAGGGAGCACCGGGAGGCGGCAGCGGCAGCAGCAGCAGCAGCGAAUGCCGGCAUGA